AUGAAGUCUGCACAGCGCACCUCCUCGAGUGCCCUAAUGCCAGCCACCCAGGACUCGGACUCGGCCUCAAUCCGGCCACGAAUGCGCCGCCCGGCUAGCACCCCCGGCCGCAACAACGCCGACACCACCAAGCCAGCCUCGAGAUCGUCGACCUCACUUCAGCCUAGUCCAAAUCUGUCCCCGAGCCGCGGGGCGAGUCCCAUCCCUUCGGCGAGGAUAGGUUCGAGCACGGGACGGAACAAUGGCUCAGCGAUUGGACAGGGCAACGGGGGAGGACGGACGGCCAGCUCGGCCUUCGGCGGUGGAUUUCUGGACAGCUCGUGGGCCCCGAGCUGGGCGUCUGUGCAGGGAUUCGCGGCGUCACUGCUGACCGGGGGCGGCGAUGGCGCGUUCGAGAGCGGCUCGGAUCAGGCAGGAAGCAAGAGUGGGAGCAGGACCAGGAAGCCAAUGCGCAGGACUGUCGAUGGGAAUUCCUCACAUAAGAAGGCUACCGCCUGGGGGCCGGAACCACCGGGAUCGUCGCGGCCGAGGCUGGCGGAUGUGGCGGCGGGUGCCCAGGCGCAGAGACAGGCGGCUCUGAAGGCCCUGAAGACGGCGAGUGUGCUGGAGAGCUACGAGGGUGUUAAUGGCGGGUUGGACGCGAGCGGAAAGUUCAAGAAGAGGAGGUCGGAUGAGGAUCUGAGAGACGCGUCUCGGCCGGACGAGACGGAGGAACACCUUGUUUACAUCCACCACGUCCAAAAAACCGACACGUACGCCGGGAUUGUGCUAAAAUACAGGUGCCGGGAAGAUGCUUUUCGGAAGGCCAAUGGAUUAUGGUCAAGGGACAAUAUCCAGGUACGGAAAUGGUUGGCAAUGCCGGUGGACGCCUGCGAGGUGCGAGGGCGUCCCUGCCAAGGACCGUCGAAUCCAGGGGAACCGGUCGAUCUACUAGCCCCGACACCCGAUGCGAUCGAUCCUUAUGGGGGCCAUGGGCAGCAGGAUGACUUCUUCGCCGCUUCUGCGAACAAGACGUCUGACCAGCGAAAGGCCGAGCAGGAGGGUACUCCCUGGACUCAUGUCCGCUGGGUUACUGUCGACUCAUUUACGACACCAGUCGAAAUCGCCCGGGUACCACGAAAAGCCUUGGGAUACUUCCCCCCAAGGCGGAAGAAGACCUUACAUAGCUCUUCGAGUCUUUCAACCCCACGAGGAUCUUUGGAUGUUCCCAGCAUUAUCCUAGGUUCCGAAGCCAUCGACAGCCCCGGAAGCACCUCUUCUCGAAGACACAGUCUGCUUAGUGGUGGGCAGCAACUUGCCGGGCAGCAAUUUGCCAACGCCUACGGGGGGUCGACGCCGGCUAGUUUAUCAAGGAGUCGCGUCAACAGCGGAGGCGACGAUGUCAGACCGGCAUGGAUGCGCAGACCUGGAGGUGUCGGGUCACUGGGCAAGAACGUGCGUGCACCCGGACCGGACAAGGAUUACUUCAACACCUGGACCAAGAAGCACAUCCCGGGCCUGAACAUCGAGUCUUUCCCAUCUAUGUCCGUGAUGGGAUCCGAGAUCGCCCGCUUCGCCAUCAACGGGGCUGAGCAGGCUGGGAUUGUCGAUAGCCCUUUUGAAGAAGGCCGGGACCUAUCUUCCCCCAGUCGGCAAGGGUCGGGUCUCGACAAAGCUGCUGCGGCCGUCGAAACGUGGCUGCGCGGCGCGUUGGCGAAGCGACCGGGAACGCCGAACUUGGGUCCUCGUGGACGACCGACCCAGCGAGAGGGAGACCUCAUUGAACUCACAGAUACCAACAGCGACGAUGGCAAAGGGGGUCCAUUGAACGGUGCAGCAGAGUUUCCGGAUCUGGGCCUGCCGAGCUCGUCCGCAUAUGGCUCCUCUAGUAGGAGGGCUGGGGAGGGAAGUCCGUUGAAACCACAGAGGGUCCCGCAAAUGCCCAUCUGUAUCGAGUGCCGGCAUCCCGUCAAGACGUUAUGGAGAGAAGGCGCCGGUGACAAGUCGGGCGGCCACAACAUCCGGCUUACAGUCUGCAAGAACUGCGGUCGAUUCUGCGACAAAUAUGUCGAACAUGACUUUGUUGUCUUGUUUAUUGAUCUCGUUUUGAUCAAGCCCCAGGUGUACCGACAUCUCCUCCACAAUACCUUGAUGAAAGACGAGGAUGAAUUCGCCCCGUCUAUCAUCCGCCUGGGCGUUCUCCUACUUCUCUUCGACGUCUACUUGACAUGGGCGCGCAUCGAGAAAUUGUCCACACCUGACGCCGCAUCCCUUACGGCUAGCAACUUUGGCCGCCUUGCGCAGCAGCCCAUCGUAUUCCAAUAUGUCUUCUUCCUCCUCCUCUGCACCCUCUCCACCCUCGCCUUCCACCUCUCGAUCCGCUUCCUAACGUCAAGCCGCUCCUCGCCACUCUCCCUCCUCGGCAUCUUCCGACCGUACUCGCGCCCGAACUCGGUCAGCACGGCGCUGCUCGUCUCCUCGUCGACCAAGCUCUUUCCCAUACUUAUGGUCAUCUGGGAGUACGACGUCCCCGCCGCCGCGCGGUCGCUGGGCUGGGCCGUCGUGGCCAACAACGUCGAGGCCCUCAAGAUCCUGCUCGACUGCGGCUACGGCGUCGCCGCCCUCCUCGCCACCGCCGGCGCCGUCAGCCGCUGGGCGACGGGCCGCGCCGUCCUGUGGGCCGCCGGCCUGGAGGGGCUGGACGGCGGCGGCGAGAGCAGCGUUGCAGAGGACGGGAGGGCGCUGUGGGCACUGGUUCUCUACGUUAAGGAAUGGGCGGGGAGGCUGGCUGUUGGGUAG